GCCUAAUACAGAUGUAGACACGUCAAAUUUUUGAAAAAUUAAUGUAUGUAAAAAUGUUAAUAUUAUUUUUAAUAUUAUUAUCGAUGUCUAUUACAUUAACUUAUUCUUCGCCCGGAGAUAAUGACCCAUUCUAUGUGAGUUGCGUGGAAAGCUGUAAAUCCUCAAACUGCACAAAAGAUGGUAAAGGAUUUAAGGAAGAUAAACAACCAUUCAUACUUAAGAUGACUCUAUGGUACUGCAAUCAUGAAUGUAAACACGAGUGUAUGUGGAAAACUGUAAAAAUAUUUAACGAACGUUUUCGAAAGACGCCGCAAUUUUAUGGAAAAUGGCCGUUUAUAAGGAUAUUAGGCAUGCAAGAACCAGCUUCAGUUGUAUUUUCUUUACUAAACGCCUUUGUUCAUAUUAAAAUGAUGAGAAAAUUUAGAGCAAAAGUGAAGCCAGGUAGUCCCUUGUUUUGGUUGUGGCAUUUAUUUUUUGUAGUUUGCCUUCACGCUUGGUUAUGGUCAGCAAUUUUUCAUUACAGAGAUUUUGUGUUUACCGAGUUUUUAGAUUACGCUUGUUCAUUUUCUUUGCUUCUAAUGAACUUGUAUCUCGUAAGCAUCAGACUGUUGCACAACAAAGUUUCAAAAUAUGCAUUAAUCGUGAUUACAGUAGCGUUUAUAAUGUUUUUAACGAAACAUGUUGCUUAUUUAAGUAAAAGACCAAUAGAUUAUGAUUAUAAUAUAAAACUUAACGUUGCUAUUGGAACUAUUUCUGGAUUAUCUUGGUAUAUUUGGUGUUUUUACAACAGAAACCGCCAGAAGUAUGUGUGGAAAUGCGCAGUAUACGUUACGAUAUCCGGUACUGCUUUGGCACUGGAAUUAUUUGACAGACCUCCAUAUUUUUAUGUACUCGACUAUCACUCGUUAUGGCAUUUAGCAACGACUCCUCUCGGAUUGUUCAUGUACAGAUUUGGAAUAGACGACUGCGAAUUUCUUAGACGACAGAAAUUAGACGGAGAUUCGAAAAAAGAUUUUCCUUAUACCGGAAAACAUCAAGUUUAAGAUAAAAUUAUAAUAUUUCUUCUAUCAAUGAUUAGUUACAUGUUCUUACAUUUUUGUAAAUUGUAAAUAUUACUCGUAAAACAAAAAAUUCUUACUACCUAUUAUUUAUUUAUUUUCUUAUUAAAACAAUCCUUUAGGCCUAAUUAC